AUGGAGCAGUGCAUCUCAAAGCUGACACUCGACCAGAAAAGUCCUCUGGUCUGGCGCGAAGCUGCUAUUAGCCAAGCAGAAGGUGUCAGGGAUGUUGGUGAAGGAGGAUGGAGUCUUCAGCCAAUCAGAGCGCGGGUUCUCCUCAGCAGUGGGCGGGACAAAACAGCUGGUCCUCCACAAUUUCUCCAUCACUUCAAAACCCUAUUUCAACCUUCCAGCAUCUCGCCCUGGCCAACCCCCAGCACCCAGCAGCCACAAUGGGCGACAGCUUCUACUCAAGGAACCAUAAAGCAUUUUGUUCCAGAUGCAGUUGGACAGUCUCCGAACGAGUCGCGUUAUGGCCUUGACCCGGAGUCUCUCCCUAGCGCUGUUAAAAUAAUGGCUGAAGACCAGUUGAAGUGGGAGGAGAAAGUGUAUGUAUCGGAGCCUCCUUCUCGUCUUCCUCCGUUAGCCACAACAUCCUGCACAGUCCAGGACAAAGGGAGCGCUAGUCCAUUUGCUAUCCGGGCCACUUCAUACUGUUUUCCUUGUGAUGGUCAGACCACCCAGCUUAGCCAUUUACCAUUGGGGGCAGUCAUCUCUCCUCUAGCUGGUGUCAACUUCGACCAGAAUACGCUGCCGGACUGCACUGAGUCGGAGUGCAUUGCAGGCUGUGGAUCCUGUGGGGCCUUUAUGUGUCCUGUUAUGGGAUGGCAGGACUGUGGUCAGAGGUUCUGCUGCCCAUUCUGUGGAAAAGUCAGUGAAGUGUCGUGGCAGUAUUAUCAACCAACCAAAGGUGUUGAAGGGGUCCGAGUGGAUAAGGAGAAAAGACCAGAGCUUUGUAUGGGGUCAUAUGAAGUUAUCAACUCUCAAAAGGGUGAAGCUGCGGUCCUGUUGUUGGCCAUAGAUGUUUCUGCCCAAGCGCUUAGAGGAGGUCACUUAGAUUUCAUAACACAUCAAAUACGCACUCUAAUUACCGCUUUGAAUGGAGAGGAGGGAGAGGGUUUGGCAGAUGUCCGGAUGGGUCUGGUCACUUAUGACGGCAGAGUUCACCUGUACGAUCUCAGUCCUGCCCUGUCCCGCCCACAUAUGCUCAUUAUCACAGAGACAGACGACCUCCAGCUGCCCUUAUCCAGCGGCCUUCUUGUUCCUCUCAAACACUGUGUUGACAGCAUUAACAGUGUGUUGCAACUCAUUCCUCAAUACAGUCCAGAACAAAAUGACAAUAAUGGAGUUCCAAUAGAUUUGCCAGUUAAAGCAGCCUUAGCCAUAUUCCAGGCUUUGAAUUGUCCUGGAAAGCUGCUGAUCUUUCAUGCUGCUCCUUUAAUCGAGGUCGAAAAUACACAAACAUCUUCUGGAUUCUUUGGCUCCAAUAAACCAAAGUCCAUCUUCCAGCCGUCAGAGCGGUCCGUGUCAUUGGUUAGAGACUGUGUCCGUCACGGCUGCAGCGUCCACCUGUUUCACCUGUCACAAGAAUUGGUGGGCGGGGCUUGGCCGGGACACAUCCCGUAUUUAACUGGAGGAGCUCUGAAUACUUACAACCACAUUCAGGGAGAAAUGGACAAAGAGCGUUUUUCUGCAGAUCUGAAGAGAACAUUUUCAAUGGACGCAGGGUUUAGAGCGGAGUUGAAAAUAUUUGUUUCUAAAGAAAUGCGUGUUUUGGGCUGCUAUGGUCUCUUCCUCCCCGGUCCUCACCCAGCCUCUAUACCCAUGGCAAAUGUGAACUGGCAGACGACCUUAGCUGUGGAACUGGAACACACAAGGAAUUUAGAAGAAUCUAAAGGUGUUGCUCUACAGACUGCUUUGUCUUACAGCACAUGCAGAGGAGAGAGGAGGAUCAGGGUUCAUACGGUCCUAUUAAAAUGCUCACGCCAUCUACAGGAUGCUUUUAGACAUUACCAGGCCCAAACACUGCUUACUUUUUACAGCAAGAAAAUGUAUUGUGCGGUGCUGGAGCGCCCCCUGCAGGAGUUGAGGGAGGAGUUGCAGACGCAGAUCACAGAAGCGUUGGCCUGUUACAGAAAGCACUGCUGCUCUGCCUCGGUCUCUAAUGGACAGCUGGUGCUCCCUCAGUACCUGCGUGCUUUACCCGUCUACGUGAACAGUUUGAGGAAGAGUGAGGUGCUGCUGCCCGGCCUGCGCAGCACUGUGCCCCAGCGGCUGCAGCAGAGAUGCCAGGUCCUCCACAUGGAUCCCAGCAGCACGGCCACACACUUCUACCCUCAGCUUCUGCCUAUGCCGCUGAUGGUCGACGGUUCAGAGCGGCCUCAGCUUGAGGAGUCGGUGCGGUGCUGCUCAGCCAGUCUGAAAUCCGAGCUCCUGUACCUGGUGAAUGCUCCCCUGACCCUGCUGCUCUGGGUGGGCCAGCAGGUACCUACAAGGGCCCUGAUGGAACUGUUCAACACCAGCUGCUUCUCCUCCCUGCCCUCAGGAGAGACAAAGCUUCCUGUUUUGGAAACCCCCCUUUCUACUUUUGUGAGGUCUGCUAUCCUUAGACUGAGCACCCGCUUUCCUACUGCCCGCAAGCUGUGGGUGGUGAAGCAAGGUGACAGUUGUGAAGAGGUUCUACAGCGCCACCUAGUGGAGGACAAAAGUCCCAACGGAGGAGCAUCCUAUGCAGACUUUCUCUACCAUCUCCAUGUCAACUCUGUCCGACUGCUGCAGUAA